ACACGAACUGCUGGCUUUCUUGAGGGGAUACAAUCUAUUGACGCGCUUGCGUUUUGUAUCUCUCAGCCGCGCUCGUAACCACCCAAGUAUUUAUUAGUUUCUGUUCCUCUUUCAUUUCUUUUGAUAUUUUUAGAGUGAAAUGGAAUAUUAACAUUUUUUUGUCAUUUUUUCAUCCCCAUCACUCUUGCUUCAAAGUUUCUGAAUUCUUUGAUCAUCUCUUCCACUUUUAUCUUUAGUUUCCAAAGUACUUAUGACUGUAUGCCACAGUUGUUUUAUUUUGAAAGGAGUUUGGAUGUGACACGCUUUUCAAGCUGUGCAACUUUUCUCGUUUUUUUUUAUUACCUGAAUGGUUAAAAUGGCGGAAAGUGGUACCGGCGAAAAGGUGCUGAUGAACAACAUGCCGGCGUUCAAGGACCGAACUCGCCGGCGAAUGAGUCUUCCAAUAGGUCCUUACCUCAAUUUGGACAAACUGGACAAUCGCCGUUCAUCUACGGCAUCCACUGGAUCAGAUUCAUCUUACUGCGACACUAGCUCCGAUGAGGAGGGCAAGAUGCCCAGAGAGAAGCAUCAGGUGAACUCCUCUGGCAGCGUGGAUUUUUGCGUGAAAAAUAUUAAGCAGAGCGCGUUCGGUCGUAGGGAGAUUGAAAUUGCUGAACAGGAGAUGCCUGGAAUUGUCGCUUUGAGGCAAAGAGCUAAUGCAGACAAGCCUUUGAAAGGAGCAAAAAUCAUCUGUUGCACCCAUAUCAAUGCACAAACAGCUGUCUUGAUUGAAACUUUAAUAUCAUUAGGAGCAAGUAUACGAUGGACUGCUUGUAAUAUAUAUUCAACUCAGAAUGAAGUAGCUGCAGCAGUUGCAGAAGCAGGGGUUCCAGUUUAUGCUUGGAGAGGUGAAUCUGAAGAAGAUUUUUGGUGGUGCAUUGAUAAGUGUAUACAUUCUGAUAACUGGCAACCAAACAUGAUUUUGGAUGAUGGUGGUGAUGCCACACAUUUAAUGUUAAAAAAGUACCCAGCAAUGUUUCGUGGUAUCAAAGGAAUCGUGGAGGAAAGUGUUACAGGUGUGCACAGAUUAUAUCAGUUGUCUAAAUCAGGGAAACUAACUGUUCCAGCCAUGAAUGUAAAUGAUUCGGUGACAAAGACAAAAUUUGAUAAUCUGUACAGUUGCAGGGAAAGCAUUCUUGAUGCGCUAAAGAGAUCAACGGAUGUGAUGUUUGGUGGAAAACAUGUUCUAGUUUGUGGUUAUGGUGAGGUCGGAAAAGGAUGCUGUUCUGCCUUGAAAGGAAUGGGUUCUGUUGUCUGUGUGUCAGAAAUUGAUCCAAUUUGUGCUUUACAGGCCUGCAUGGAUGGCUUUCGAGUGGUAAAGAUAAAUGAAGUUGUGAGGAACAUAGAUAUUCUUGUUACUGCUACUGGAAACAAAAAUGUUGUAACCCGAGAACACAUGGAUAAAAUGAAAAAUGGUUGCAUUUUAUGCAAUAUGGGUCACUCAAACACCGAAAUUGAUGUGCAAAGUCUAAAAGGCCUGACCUGGGAAAAAGUUCGUUCACAAGUGGAUCACAUUAUUUGGCCUGAUGGAAAAAGAAUAAUUCUACUUGCAGAGGGUCGGUUAGCUAAUCUAAGUUGUUCUACUAUUCCAUCUUUUGUUGUUUCCAUCACUGCUUCAACUCAAGCAUUAGCUCUCAUCGAAUUAUUUAGUGCUCCUGCUGGAAGGUAUAAAGGAGACGUCUAUCUUUUACCUAAAAAAAUGGAUGAAUAUGUUGCUAGUCUCCAUUUACCAACAUUUGAUGCCCAUCUAACAGAAAUGACAGAUGAGCAAGCUAGAUACAUGGGUUUAAACAAACUUGGUCCAUUCAAACAAGCUUACUAUCGGUAUUAAAAAAAGAGCAAGAGUACAAAUGUUUAACUAGUUCUGAAGUGAGGUAUAUUUUUGAGGUUCUGUUACAGAGGAUUUGAUUGCAUUAAUAUCAUUCCAUUAAACUAUUUUGAGCAAUCAAAAAGCAAAGGUGUCUUAUGAAGAAUUUCAGAAUGCAAAGCUGCAAGUUAUAUAAAACAUUUUUCUUUGGAAAUAUUUUUCCACUCAGUUGAAUAUUUUAUCAUAAUCCAGUUGAACAUGGGUUUCUGUUUGAAAUAUAUUUUCAACUUUGUUUCUGUUCUGUGGUCAUAUUGUCAUUUAUCAUACAUAUGUUGCAUACCCUUUUAUCUUUUUUCUUUGCUCAUUUUACUUCUGAUGAAUUUAUUAUAUCGAUAUUUUUAUUCAUUUCCUCCUCCUUUAAUUACUGUAUUUUAGUUUCUAGGUUUUGUUAGCUUUUUUGUAGUUUUUGAUUAAAUUUUGUACUAUUGGUGAUCCUUAGUAUUUGUGUAUGAAUUUGUUAUUAGAAAGUGUUGAAUUAGAAUUUUUUAGCUUCAUUUAUGAUUUUUAAAAACGUAGAUUUAAAUCAUUCUGAUUAUCUUAGAAGUUUUUUCAUUAACCUUUUGUAUUCUAUUUUAAAAUGUACUAAAAUAUUUUAUAAAAAGUCACAUUAAGCCUUUUGUGCAUAACUGCCAAAUAAAAUAUUUAUUUCAUUGUAUAUUUAUUAAUAAUUGUAUAGUAUAUAAAGACUUUAUUUAUCCUCUAAGAGCUAAGAACAGGGAUUUUUUCAGCACAAUACAAUGAAAUAAGAUCAGAAUAUGUCAAAUAUAUUGCUUUGUUUCCUCCCAUGAUAUGAAAGGAAAAAGUCACAUGACUUUUCUUAACAGUUAAUGUUUGGUUAUAAAGUGUGCAAAUAACAUGUAUGCAUAUUUCAGUGGCGCACACAGGAAUAUUACAAUGAGGGGGGUCCAGGAUCAAAGGUCCACCAUCUCAUAUCAUACUCCAACAUGCAUCCAAAUAUUUUAUUUUAUCGAUUGUCGAGAACAAAAACAUUUUUUUUUAAAACAUUGAGUAAUUACUUUGCAUUAAUUAAUAAAGAUAAUUUAUAAAAACAAAUAUAUAAUUAAAAUAAAACGCAAAAACGUGAAUGUAUUUACUUUUCCCAUCAUUAAAAAUAUAAACAGAAAAGCAAAAUCAGCAUUCUAGAACAGUUUAUGUUCACUAUAGAUAGAUUUUGCACAAAAAAAAAGAAUAAAUUUUAUUUUUCCUUUUAUUAAAACUGAAAUUAUUGUUACCUUUGCUUUGAAUUGUUUACGUACCAAAUACAUAGUAUUAUAGACAGUAAAAAACGCUUAAGGGUGAUGGGAGGGGUCUGAACCCCUUGGACCCUCUGCUUGUGUACGCAACUGGCAUAUUUUAAAAUUUACUGGAAAAAGUUUCUUCUAAUUAAUAAUUAAAAAUCAUUCAACUUAAUAUUGAUAUCUCUUGCCAUGAUUUGGAUCUGCAUAUUUCUUUCCUUUAAAAAAAAUAAUAAUAAUGUGCACAAAAGCUUCCUGACUAUGAAAAUACCUUUUUUCAAAAAAGAUAACAUAUAUUAAUGAAAUUUAAAUUAUACAUAUUGCAUCAUUGAUUCUCUUAUUUCAAGUCGUCGAAGUAUGUCAUGUUUUCAUGUAAAGCAGAAAAUAUUUUUUUGUACUAUGGAUGCUGUAUUUUUAUCUAGUAUUGCAUUUCAGUGGUAGAAAGUAGAUGUUUUACUCAAAAGCUUUAUUUAAUAUUCAUUUAAAUCCUAUGCAAUAAAAGAAAUAGCUAAUUAGUUUUUAUAGUAAGAGUUAGUUUUGGAAAUGUUGUAGUGGUUAAACCCUGUAAAAUAUAUUUUGAAUUAAUUUUAUAAGUAUUCUGCUAGUUUUCUAAUGUAUUUCUUUUACUUCAUUUCUGAUUAUGCAUUAUCAAGUUUGUUUUACUUUGUAUAGGAUAUUCUCGUAAUGUUUAAAAUUUCUAAAUGAAAUUAACUUGAAAAAGAUAUGUUUUAUAAUACAUUUUCUCAAGUAACUGUCUCAAUACUCCUAAAAUCUUUGUUUUAAUACCAGAGAUGGAUUCAGAAAAUUGCUCUGAGAGUCAGCAAAACUAUUCUUAAAUGAUAGUAAAAAUUGAUUCAUGAUUAAAAAGUACAGUCUGUGGUUUAAUAAGAGAGUAUGUAAAAUAUUGUAAAAAUAAUAUGAAAGUCAACCACAGUUUUUUUUUUUCUUAUUGAUAGAAACACUUUAAAUACAUGUAAUAGUUCGAGUUCUUGCUGUAAAAAUAUGGAACAACAUUUACUUUUAUGUUUCUUCUCUGUUAUAUACUUUUAUGUUCAACAAAUAGUUUGGUUGUGCAAUAAAUAGUAUGGCAUGAAAGUACCAAACUCAUCUGGUAUCUAAUACCAUACAUGCACUCACACACACACACAAAAUUUUUUGUCUUCUGGUAAUGGAUAUUAUAAUAUAAAUAUUUAUUUUUGAGAUAUAUGUAAAUGGUGUAACCAUUCAACCAAUAUUUCUGAGUAAAUUUGAAAACAAAAACUGUUGAUGAAAAAUUAUACAUCUCACUAUUAUUUUUCUUUUGUGACAAAAAAAAAAGUUAUACAUUAAGAGAUAAAAGCACCAGUUUUAUGUAUUUACUUUCAAAAUUUUGGGCAAAUACUUAAUUUCAAGUAGAUUUUUGCUCUGAAUUUAUCCCUUUCACUAAUGGUUUAAAUUCACAUCAUUAUGUUUUUAUCUAGCCCCUAUUUUUAAUGAUUUGUAUUUAUCCUUGAAACUAUUUUAACUCUUUUUCAUUUGCUAGUCGAUGUUCAUCUGUUAAUGAUGUAAUAAUUGCAUCAUAAUGAAAUGUGUUCAUAUUUGCAUUUUUUAUGCAUUUUUCCCCUAGUACUGAUAAGUUUUAGGCAUUCCAUGUGAUAUCUUCUGAAAAUAUGUCAUCAAAAUAUUUUUUCUUUUUAUGUAUUGUCGCCUUAAAACAAUAGCAAGAUAAUCUUAGUGUUAUUUCUGGGGUUAGAUAUCUUACUGUUGCUCUGAGGCAACAAUAUAUCCUUUUUCUUAAAAGUUGAUGUAAACUAUAAUUUACUGAAUUUUGAGUUUUUGGUUCCUCAUAUUAAAAGAGUGGAUUGUAGUUUGUAAUAAUCAUAAAAAGAUCUAUUUCUACACCAUGUCUGUAUUUAGUUGUUAGUCAUUUAUAGUAUUAAACUUUCAGUCAUUAUAUUUAUUGCGUAUUGCGAGUUAAUUUCUGAGUUUGACAUAUGAAUACUUGAUUAUAUAUUCCUGAUGUUGAUAUCUUUACUCUUUUUUAUGAUAUGUAAUUAAACCUAUAUUUUGAAAAAAUAAGUGGAUCAAUAUAACAGUUGUUAAAGUUUAUUUCAUUUUGCUACUUUCAUCAAAUUGUUCAUGGCUAUAUUUUGUUUAUCUUAGUUUUAAUGCUUUUUAUACGUCUGCAUUAUUUUAAAAAUUACAUUGAACUGACUAAAAUAAAGAACAUGUGAAUCCAUACCAAUAUUAUCCUAAAAUAAACUGCAAAAACAGCAUUACUUAUUUUUUAUUAUGUCUAAAAUAUUUUGUGGUCAGUAAAAUGUGAUAAAGAUACAUUAGAAUGUACAAUUAAAUAUUCAAAUUAGGUAAAUAGUUUCAAUGUUGUUUUUUCAUGUUGUAAAUUAAAAAUUAGAUGGUUGCAGAUUUUUGAAAUGUAUGAUAUAUAGAUUUCUGAAAUAUAAUCACAAAUAAGGAGCUUACUUAACUCAAAUUUUGAAAUUAAGAGAAAUUUAUUCAUAUUUAGUAUGAUAUCUACAAUCAAUAGCAAACCCAACCAUAAAUUCAGUGUGUACAGUACAGGUACAUAACAAAUAGAAUAGUUAACUCAUAAAAUACUAAUGAAAAGCAAUGAAAUUUCUGAAAUUCUAUGAUUCUUAUAAUUUUUUUACACCGGCAAUUGUUUUUUGAGUAAUUUUAGUUUUUCUGUGCCACACUUGGGUUAAAUGGAUUCCUUAUUUAUUUUAUCAGAAAAAUAUGCAGACAUAACUAUAUAUAAUCUGUAGUUCCUCUGAAUUUUUGUGUUAUGGAUUUCAAAUCAAAGAACUUACUUAUGAAAUAUAUUAUUGUAUUUUAACCCUUUCAAACCCAAAUAAAUAUUUUCAAAAAAUAACACGUUAUUUUCAUUAAAUUUUGCAUUAAAUAUUUUCUUGUUGUAAAGUGAGUAUAUACAGUACAUGAUACAAAACAGGGUCAAUUAAAUGAAAAAUGUAUUAUAAAUGGCUUACUGGGGUGC